AGAUUCGAGCAAUCGACUGUACGGCGAAAGUGUACGUAGAAAAACGGACUGAUUCACUGACUGCCAGUUUGUUGGUAAAAGUUCGUGGUGAAGAUCGAUUAUUGCUUAGUAAAAUAAUCAAUUUGAUAUUGCUUUAACAUGCAGCAAAUAUAUUUUCUCACCGUUUUUUUCACGGUGUUUUUUACAUGCUGCUUGGCUGUGAACCAGAGCUUGUUUGUGAAUACUACUAAAACAAAACUCAAAAUACUUAGUAUCUUUGGACAUUUGGGCAAGAGUCAUUUCGACGUAUAUAAACCGCUUUUGGAAGAACUAGCUCGAAGAGGUCACGAGAUUACUGUGGUAUCUUAUUUUCCUAGAACUGAUAAUGCCAACAUGAAAGAGCCGUUACCUAAUUAUAAAGACAUUAAUCUGAAGAAUUCCAAGGUCGGCAUUUUCGUGAAUAUUCUGGAUUUGAAAGAGAUUAAUCACGCGUGGUUCCGUCCUUUGUUGGAACUACUACGUCUGAAGUUCAUGGCAGAAUACGCGUGCAGUAUCAGUCUACGGAGUUCGGUUGUCAAAGAGUUUCUUCGAUCUAACGAAACGUUCGAUCUGAUCCUCACGGAGAAUUUUAACACUGAUUGUUAUUUGGGUUUUAUUCAUCGUUUUAAGGCACCCUACAUGGCUCUGUCAUCACAUCAAAUCAUGCCAUGGACUAACAAUGACAUAGGUAACACGGAUAAUCCCAGCUACAUCCCGUCGAUAUUCUUUGGAUUUACUAGACCUCUAGUUUUUUUCAAUCGAAUGCAAAAUUUUUUGUGGCUAUCAUUAUCUAAAGUAAUCUACGAAUAUUGGUUUCGAUCUAUCGAUCAAGUUAUUGCCAAUGAAGUCUUUGGUCCGGAUCUUCCCAAGCUGAAAGAAAUUGCCCAGCAAUCGCAGGCGUUGCUGGUGAAUACCCAUAGUAGUAUUCAUGGCAAUAGACCUCAGUUAUUUAAUGUAGUGGAAAUAGGUGGGCUUCACAUUCCGUCUAAGGUUAAGCCACUGCCAAAGGAUAUAGCUCAGUUCCUUGACAAUGCCCAUGAAGGAGUGCUGUAUUUCAAUCUGGGCUCUAUGAUCAAGAUGCAUUCGAUGCCACGGAAAAAGUUAGAUGCGAUAUUAAAUGUGAUCGAAUCGAUUUCGCGGAAAGUCCUUUGGAAGUGGGAGACUGCCGAGCUACCGCGCAAGCUGGACAACGUUAUGUUCAGAAAAUGGCUACCUCAGUUUGAUGUAUUGAACUUAUUUCGACAAACUUGUGACAUGCAGAAAACAUAUUUAUUGAUUGUUCUUUUAUCGAUCUCGGUGCUCUCUACAUGCUGUUUAGCUAUAAACCAGACCUUGUUCGUUAAUACUACUAAAACAAAACUCAAAAUACUUGGUGUCUUCGGUCAUUUGGGCAAGAGUCACUUUGAUGUGUUUAAGCCGCUUCUAGAGGAAUUAGCUCGAAGAGGUCACGAGCUCACUGUGAUCUCGUAUUUCCCUAGAACCGACAAUGUGAAAAUGAAAGAGCUGUUGCCUAAUUACAAGGACGUCCAACUGUUGGUGCCUAAAGUUGGCAUCUUUGUGAACGUUGUGGAUCUUGAACAGAUUAAUCACGCAUGGUUUCGUCCUCUGCUGGAAUUACGUAUGCUGCGGUUCAUGGCAGAUUAUGCAUGUACUGGUCUGCGGAGUUCGGCUGUCAAAGAGUUUCUUCGAUCUAACGAAACGUUCGAUUUGAUUCUUACGGAAAAUUUCAACACUGACUGUUAUUUGGGUUUUAUUCAUCGCUUUAAGGUACCUUACAUAGGUCUGUCAUCGCAUCAAAUCAUGCCGUGGACUAACAAUGACAUAGGUAACACGGAUAAUCCCAGCUACGUUCCGAUGAUACUGCUUGGCUUUACUAAACCUUUAGAUUUUUUCCAUCGGAUGCAAAAUGUUCUGUGGGUAUCAUUAUCUAAAAUGAUCUACGAGUGUUGGUUUCGACCUAUGGAUCAAGUUAUUGCCAACGAAGUCUUUGGGCCAGAUCUUCCCAAGCUGAAAGAAAUUGCCCAGCAAUCGCAGGCGUUGCUGGUGAAUACCCAUAGUAGUAUUCAUGGCAAUAGACCUCAGUUAUUUAAUGUAGUGGAAAUAGGUGGGCUUCACAUUCCGUCUAAACUCAACCCGUUGCCGAAGGACGUAGCCGAGUUUCUUGACAACGCCUAUGAGGGAGUGUUAUAUUUUAAUUUAGGAUCCAUGAUCAAGAUGAAUUCGAUGCCACAAGAAAAACUGAAUGCGAUAUUAAAUGUAAUUGGCUCGAUUUCACGGAAAGUUCUCUGGAAGUGGGAAACUGAUGAGUUACCGCGCAAGCUGAAUAAUGUUAUGUUCAAGACAUGGCUGCCCCAGUUUGACGUGAUGAACCAUCCAAAUGUCAAAUGUUACUUUGGUCACGGCGGACUUCUCGGUCUCUCGGAAGGAGUAUAUGUGGGUCUACCGAUGAUUUUGAUGCCGAUGUACGGUGAUCAGUUCCAUAAUUCUGCUGCUGCGGCGAAUAGAGGUGCCGCAGUGGUAAUUUCGUACAGUGAUUUAACUGAACAGUCAUUGAGACACGCUCUGGAUGAAGUUUUCAACAAUACCAGGUACGUCUUCUUUUUUAUUUUAAUUCUAAAAUGA